GUGUGUUGUAUAAAGCGAACACCACAACAAGAUGGUGCACAGAGGCGACGACAUAUUCUCCUGCUUCACGUGCAUCGUAGAUGCCAUGCAUUGCUUGGUACUAAGUUCCAGGAUGUGUAACAAAGGUAAAUGCCUCCACUGCAUUCCCGUCGAGAACGGCUGCCUCGUUCUAGCUGUCAUAAGUGCGAUUGGCACUGGGCUGGUGCUGCUGGCGACCAUCAUUCUGGGCAUCCUGGCCGCUUCAGGCCUCAUCAUGGCGUCGCAUCUACCUGACCCUGACCCAGAGUCCCGUGAAUUCACUCAAGCGGUCGUGGGCGUAGCUGGGAUCGCCCUUGGUGUGGUGCUCACUAUUGUGGGAGUGGCCUCUCUCAUCGCUUUCAUCUUUUCUGUGCUGCUUUGCAAUGGAAUCUGUAAGCGCCGGCCGGGACAAGUGAAGGCCUACUUCAUAUACGGUGUCGUGAUCACAAUACUCACAAUCAUCGCCUCGAUUGCUCAAAUGGUAAACGAAUACGACCCUGCUCCUGGCAUCGGCGGCUUAGUUGGUUGUGCGAUCUACAGUGCAUUUCUGGUGCUGGUGCACGAGACGUACAACAAGCUGCGCGCGGGCGCAGUAUUCAAGGACCACAUCCGUCUGGUAGAAGAUUACUAACACCACUCUUUCGGGUUAUCACUUGGUCACACGGACAGAACAAUUGUCACUUCUGAACCCAAAAGUUAACUGUUUGA